AUGGUGCUCUGUUCGUGCAUUCCGUGGACGCUGAAGAAGCAGAGGGAGCAAGUGAAGGACAGCGAAGAGAAGGACGGAGAUGAAGCGAAUUGGCAGCCUCUCUCGGACUACCUCAGCGCAAGUGAGAUGCAGAUUCUCGGUCAGCUAGCUUCGCGAGUCCGCGUCAUGCUGGAUCCUUCCAUGCCCGCCACCUUGCAUGGCACCUCUCGUGUGCAGAAAGGCGUUCCCCUCGCCAUCGUCAACCCGAACGCGCCAGACAAGCGCUACGUGAUUCUGCACGAGCUUAUGCACCAUCAGCUCGACGAGCUGGGCUGCCCGAGCUUGUGCUGCACCCUGCAAGGACGAGAGCCUCCUGCGGACUCGUGGCUGAGACGAACUCAGUUUCAGAUCUUUGUGCGAGGUCUCUUGGUCCAGCUAUGGGAGCUCAUCCAACACUCGCGCUUCAACUCGAUGAUCGACCGCGUCUUCCGUUGCGGCCCUCAAAGUGCACGCGAUGGCGAAUACCGGGGCUACAUAAACAGAAAUCUGCUGCCAACGUACGGAAUGUGUCGAAGUGACGGCCACGUCUCGAUCAAGAAGGUUGCUGUGGCGGCGCAUGUUGCUACAGUAUUCCUCGAGUGCUCUCAGGAGAUGAGGAAGGAAUUUUUAGAAUAUGUGAAAUACAAGUACUUGGACUGGGAAGAGAUAAUUGAGCUCGGCAAGCACAUCUGCUCCUGCAUUCACCCGUGUGAUGUAGAAUUCCUCAAGCUCUCAAGCAAGGAGCUCAAUACUAUCAUGUACUCAAUGCUCGACGACCUUAAGCUGGUCCUAGAGUCACUUGACCUCAGGAUGAAUGUAGAACCAUGUCGCUUUGACAUGGUCUUGUAG